GGGUUCUGAGACAACCACUAUCUAUAGGUGCAUCUUCUCGUCUUUGUGUGUCGGCAACGGCUCCGCCUCGCACCCUGUCUCUAACCUCCAACCUGAUUCUCGGACGGAUCUUCUGCCGUGUCCAUAAAUACUCGCAGGCCCGCCCUUGUUGCAUCUUCUCGGGACCUCAAUUUAAACACGACUUUUUUUUCGGUGAAACCUCAGGCUGUCAUCCACCUUUUGGAGAGCUAAUGACAAUAUCUGGUCGAUCAACACCCUCCCCAAAACCUUCCGUGCCGCCCAUUCCGCGCCGAAGAUCCACACGUGUGCGCGUGGGAUCAGAUUCGCUGCAUGGGGAGAAAAGCGUGCUCGGCCCUUCCAAGAAUUCAAAAUUAAGAACUCGCGACGAAUUGCACCAUUCUUCGUCUCCCGAAAUUAAUCCUCUUAAGUCUGUUGACAGGGCUGGAUCGGUCAAAAGAGAGGAUUGGUACGAAGUUCCUCCGUUGGAACAUCGACUUAAGUCGUCAGUAAGCAGAUACUUUUUCUCCCCCACCCAAUAUUACCAGCCUCACAGCGCCAUGCAGAUGAAUUCGAGGUUGCCUAAUGAUCCACCCCCUGGAGCGGGACAAUCUGGCCGGGGUCAGCCAAGGCGCUCAGUGGGAAAUCCUCAGUAUACCCAAUCAGGGUCAACAUCAUCGCGUAAUACCAGUGUCGGUGAUCCCGGCGUAGCCGCACGAGGUACAAGCCCAAGACGGGGUGUUCCGAUUCAAUACUCGACAAGUCACGGUCACCCGUCCCCACCCACCUCGUUCGCUCCGUCUGAUACUUAUCCUGCAAACGCGCCCACAGUUACAGGUCCCUUUGCUCAACCUGGCUUUCCUACCGCUCCCCAAGCAGCUCCUACGUCUCUGUAUUUUCCUCCCUUUGACCUGGCGCAUUUAUCGCCAGAACAACAGCAAGUCGUAAUCAAUGCCCAUUAUCAAAUUUUAUUGCUUGGCGCUCAGCAGCAACAGCAAUCAAUUCACCACACUCACCAAUCAUCUUCGAUUCACCCUCAGCCUCAGCCUCAUUCUUUACAGCGGAUGUUGCCUCCCAUCGUUAACCCCGGAUCUAACACACCUCAAUGUACGCUUGAUAAUACAUUCCUAUCCGUUCUCCCACAGGAUUGAAAUGAUCCCAUCACACACUCUCUAGUUUUGGCCCAAUCUUCGCAUCCUACCCUACCUUCGGGUCUGCCGAAUCACCCAUCAGGCUUCGCGAACCCCCCACCCGACCUGUCGACCUUGUACGCCUCCUUUGGCCAGCCACUCUUACCACCCACUGGACUUUUCAAUCCCGCCCAACAACAAGCAAGCUCGGGAAAUC